CUUAGUAUGGAUCCCAACCAUGGUCACAUUUCCCUUAUUUUUUUACUUGCAAAGACACAGACGCAGUGCAAGUGAGGGUUUGUUCUUGUUUUCUCCUGUGUUUCUGUAAUACUGCGAAGUUUGGUUGGCGUGGCAAAGGAUUUUACUGUUCAUCGAUUCACUGUAUCUCAUCCUUUACCAAUUAAUCUUGUGCAGUUCAAUUUCUAUGUUACAGAUAUGCCUUGAAUUUGAUUUUGCACCUACUUUAAUUCCGAACCCUUCAUCUCAAUUCUGAGUUUCCGCUGAGAUUUCAUCACCCAUUAUGAAAUUCCUUAAAAUCUUCAAAUCCAAACCCUUCAAUCUUCGAACUUUCAAUUCCCUCUCCCUUCCCACAACCGUUUCACCAAUCACAGAAUCCGAACUUCUAAAUUCCAUAGAAUCUUCUCACUGGCAUUUCAUCAAACAGGCUGCGCCACACUACACUCCCUCUCUUCUCUCCUCAACUCUAACCUCCCUCCGCCACAAACCCCAACUCGUCCUUCAGCUUCUAUCCCAUCUCGACGGCCACCCUCAUUCCCUCGACUUAACCACCUCUUCUCUUGCUGCUUGCAUCCUCUGUCGCCUCCCAUCUCCCAAACCCUCUAUUAGCCUUUUACAGAGCCUCAUUCUAUCUUCCACUGCCACCAACAGAACAAUUUUCCAUGAGUUGGAACUUUCCCUCGAUCGCUUGGAUGCCAAGACUAGUCUCAUCUUUGACCUUCUGGUCAGGGCCUAUUGUGAACUCAAGAAGCCCAAUGAGGCCUUGGAGUGUUUCUACCUGAUGAAGGAAAAGGGUGUUGAGCCCAACAUUGAGACUUGUAAUCAGAUGUUGAGUCUGUUUUUGAGACUGAACAGGACUCAGAUGGCUUGGGUUUUGUAUGCUGAGAUGUUUAGGAUGAAGAUAAAAUGUAGUAUGUACACUUUCAACAUCAUGGUUAAUGUGCUAUGCAAAGAAGGAAAGUUGAAGAAGGCAAAGGAGUUUAUUGCGUACAUGGAGGCUCUUGGGGUGAAGCCUAAUGUUGUCACAUAUAACACUGUUAUACAUGGACACUGUUUGAGAGGGAAGUUCCAAAUGGCCCGUGUGAUCUUUCAAACAAUGAAAGAUAAAGGUCUUGAGCCUGAUUGCUAUACGUAUAAUUCUUUCAUAUCUGGGUUGUGUAAAGAAGGAAGACUUGAGGAGGCAUCUGAUUUACUUUGUAAAAUGUUACAAUUUGGUUUGGUUCCAAAUGCAGUAACAUAUAAUGCGUUGAUUGAUGGGUAUUGCAACAAAGGGGAUCUGGAUAAGGCAUUUGCAUGUAGGGAUGAGAUGAUAAGCAAAGGUGUAACGACAACUCUGGUUACAUACAAUUUGUUUAUCCAUGCACUGUUUAUGGAAGGAAGGAUGGGAGAAGCUGAUAAUAUGAUAAAAGAAAUGAGAGAAAAAGGCAUGAAGCCUGAUGCUGUUACAUAUAACAUAUUGAUUAAUGGGUAUUGCAGAUGCGGGGAUGCAAAGAGAGCCUUCAGUCUUCUUGAUGAAAUGGUGGGAAAAGGGAUUCGGCCAACUUUGGUCACGUAUACUUCACUUAUAUAUGUUCUGGGAAAAAGGAAUAGAAUGAAAGAAGCAGAUGCCUUGUUUAAUAAGGUUCAACAAGAAGGUCUGUUGGUAGAUACUGUAAUGUUUAACGCGUUGAUCGAUGGUCACUGUGCAAAUGGUAAUAUUGAUAGUGCAUUUCAACUCUUGAAACAGAUGGAUAACAUGAAGGUUCAUCCUGAUGAAAUCACUUAUAACACCUUGAUGCAAGGAUACUGCAGAGAGGGGAAAGUGGAAGAAGCUAGGAAGCUUCUUGAUGAGAUGAAGAGAAGGGGGAUCAAACCUGACCACAUUAGUUACAACACAAUCAUUAGUGGUUACAGCAAAAGAGGUGAUAUGAAGGAUGCUUUUAGAGUUCGGGAUGAAAUGAUGACUACAGGAUUUGAUCCUACAAUUCUCACUUACAAUGCUCUUAUACAAGGAUUGUGCAAAAAUCGGGAAGGUGAGCAUGCUGAAGAGCUCCUCAAAGAAAUGGUAAGUAAAGGCAUUACUCCUGACGACAGCACCUACCUAUCUAUAAUUGAGGCGAUGGAGAAAGUUGAUGACCUUGAGGAAAAUGUUGAUAAAUGAAUUGAAGAAGAAAAUAGUAUUUCAUGAGUUUGUGUGAACUUCUAGCCUUGGAGUUUGGACACAAGCAUAUCAACAUUCCUUGUUCUACAAGCUGAAUCAAAUAUGUAUGAGUAACAAGUUAAAGAAGUUCUUGAAAAACUGUAGUUUUCCUUAGUCCACUUCUUUUGUAUCAAGAGUAUUACUUUUUACUUCAUUAGUUAUAUUAGUUUUGUACCAUAUGGUUUACAAAAUGUUUAUUGAUGAUUUUGUUUGAAAAAUGAAAAUAAUAGCUAAUGAUUGAGUUUGUC